AUGAGAAGGGUUGAAAUCGCGGCAAAAAAACCUAGGCAUGCUCUACAGGCACGACCAUAUCAAGUAGAAAUCGCGAAAAUUGCACAGAAAGAGAGCAUUAUAGCGAAAUUGAACACAGGUCUUGGUAAAACCUUUAUCGCCGUCAUGGUCAUUAAACACCAUCUUCCAGAAACGUUUAAAUCAGUUUCUGAAGGUGGAAGACGAGUCUUAUUUGUUGUUAAAACAGGUAAUUCUGGUUUCUAUCGUGUAUUAGUUGCUUUAGUUCAUUUGGUCUAUCAACAGGCAGAGUUUUUGCGUUCCCAGUUGCCUUUAAAUCCCAAUGAUAUAGGUAUUUUUCAUGGACAGGUUUCUCCAACUGUGUGGAUCGAUGAGUGGACCAAGAGUGUCUGGCAAGGCCAGUUAGAAAAACAUCGUGUGUUGGUAAUGACGGCUGGAGUACUGCGUGAUAUUUUGAAUCAUGGAAAACUCAGUCUUCGGAAUAUUUGCCUCUUAAUUUUUGAUGAAUGCCACCAUGCGGAUCCAGAUUCAAAGUCAGAUUACACAGACAUAUGUCAACAUCUUCACUCAUUUCCACGUGGGAGAUGGCUUCCUGAUUAUUCUCGUGGUCCUAAGGUAUUGGGUUUGUCUGCAUCUCUUGUGAACAACACGAAGGUCGGUGAGAACUUAGAUACGAAAAUACGACGUUUGGAACAACUUAUGCGAGCAAGGGUAGUGACUUCUACUGAUUCAUCUAUCAACGAUGUGACAGGAAUUCGUCAAUGCAUCCCUAUCCGCUACCAAUUAGGCGGUUCGAGCAUCUUACCUGGACAACGGUAUCAUGAAUUUGUUCAGAAACUACAAAAUGGUAUUAAAACUCUCGAAAGGCUUUUGCCUAGUUUAUCAGUUCGGGAUGAUUAUAUCGACUUGGAGGCCCUCUUGGAUAGCAACAAGCAAAUUCGCAAGGAGGUCUUUCUUUCCAUAAUGGAGCUGCACGAAUUCAGCCCGAAGAAACUCAAAAGGCUUCUCAUGCAGUGUUUACGCGUGACGGAGGAAUUCGGCGUUUUCUGUGGAGCUCAUGCGUGUGAACAAACGGAGAAAGCCUUGCAGACCUUGCUUCAAUGUGGUUCCUCGAGUAGAGUCAACAAUCCGGAGUGUAUACGUGUGAUACAAGCAUGCCUAAAGGCUAUUUCCGAGGCCUUAGAGGUGUUCAAGUCAAUUCGACAGGCAUCAGUGAGAAAGCUUGGCUUACCCCCGCAAAAUGAUCCGAAUAAUUCACUUUGGGACUAUGCAGCUCCUGCGGUUACUCCAUACCUUCCAGGUUGGUAUUCUUUCCCUUCGCCAAGGGGGUGA